GCUGUGCAGCUACCCCACGUACGUGCUCAUAUCCUGAGAAACACCGAGAGAGCAAGUCUGGCAGUCCUCCUUUUUCUGCAUCAUUUCCUCUGCAGACGCGUGCGAGACAUAUCUGCUCCCGGAUUUCCCAUUUUCAACUUUUUUUCAUUAUUUUUGUUGUUGCGGUUUUUAUAUUGUUUUCGUUGUCGCAUUCCCUCCUUGUCUUUGGAAUGAACUGUUUUCCUGCCUGCGUCGUUUCCAUGCCAGCAUGGGAACUGCCGUGUCCAAAAGGAAGAAUUUAAGAAACGAUGCGAUUUCUUCUGUGGCAGCAAAAGUUAGAGCAGCCCGAGCAUUUGGAGAGUACCUGUCCCACACACACCCUGAAAACCGAAACGGAUCAGCUCAUCUACUGUGUGAAACCUUGGUGGGUCCCGACCCGGAGUCGCCAAGUGACAAGAUUGGCCCGAACAACAACAAUCACCUCCAUCCCUGCUCCAACACCACCAAGGGCUGUGAGGACAACCGGGAGUCCGGCCAGGUGAAACCAACGCUGGGAUUACACCAGCCACCUCCACCAUCCAUCACCAUCUCUACCAAAGCAUCAAAGCUUUCCCUUGAGCGCAGCUUCUCAGCGGAGGAAGACCAGCAGAAGAGCGUUGAGUGCACCCUGCAGCCUGCCCGCGUGUACACCAUCACCACUCAGCGCGGUAUGCUGAUGAGCAGCGGCCGGGGCAGCAAGGAAAGCCUAGAACUGGACGUCCUGAAGGAGAAGUCGGGGAGUGGCGGGGUGGCAUCCAGAAGUGGCCUGAUCCAGGCUUCCACUUCCCCUUCCUCCGCCACAUCUUCUCCAACCCAGUACCACCAUGCCAGCAGCAGCCGUGGCAACAGCCACCAUCACAGAAACCAUCACGACCCUCACCACGGAAACCACCACCACCACGGCCUCUCUGGAACCAAUGCCACCUCCAGUAGUGGGGGAAGUAGCGGGGCGAGCGGAAGCAGCAGUAGCAACCAGCAGCAACCAGCUGUCACUGGAACCCACUCCCAUCAUGGAUCACACCACCACGGCCACCACCAUCACCUGUCUCAACCCCCGCUGCAGACCUCUGUCAGCGCUCACAACAUCCGCGGAUGGGGGGAGGGGGGAAAGGGGGAUGGGGAGUGCAGCGGGUUGGCCUGCGAGUCGUGCAGCGGGGCCCCCUCGCGGAGCCAAGGGUCCCUGGACCUGGAGAGCACAUCCCGAGAGGCAGGCAAGCAGCACCGACGCCUAGAGCGGAUGUGGAGUGUGGACCGGAUGACUGGGCUGGAGAGAGAGGACACUAACUGGUUCCCGAAGGAAAACAUGUUCAGCUUUCAAACUGCCACAACAACCAUGCAGGCGUGAGUGAACUUCCGGAAGCAUCUUCGGAUGGUGGGCAGCAGGAGGAUGAAAGCACAGACAUUCGCUGAGCGUAGAUCGAAGAGUUUCAGCCGCUCCUGGAGUGACCCAACCCCUGUCAAGAAUGACUCUCAGCAUGAACCCAGAGACAGCGGAGACCUGCAGACAUCCUGUGGUACUUUAGAUGAAGGAGGCCAAGAUGAUAAUUUAGACUGGGAGGAGGAGAGAGAGAUGGAGCGGCUGGCCUGUGAAGGGGACGACUUUGUACCUCCCAAAAUCAUGCUGAUCUCUUCUAAAGUCCCAAAGGCGGAGUACGUUCCCACUAUAAUCCGCAGGGAUGACCCUUCCAUCAUCCCCAUCCUCUAUGACCAUGAACAUGCAACAUUUGAUGAUAUUUUGGAGGAAAUAGAGAAGAAGCUCACAGCUUACAGGAGAGGAAGCAAGUUCUGGAGGAUGCUCAUCUUUUGUCAGGGAGGACCUGGUCAUCUGUAUUUACUGAAGAAUAAAGUGGCAACUUUUGCGAAGGUGGAAAAGGAAGAGGACAUGAGCCAAUUCUGGAGGAGGCUUAGUCGCUUCAUGAGUAAAGUCAACCCAGAACCCAACCUCAUCCACAUAAUGGGAUGCUACGUCCUUGGCAACCCAAACGGAGAGAAGCUGUUCCAGAAACUGAAGAAUCUGAUGAGGCCUUAUUCUGUCGAGUUCGGGUCGCCGCUGGAGCUGUCUGCACAGGGCAAAGAGAUGAUUGAGAUGUACUUCGACUUCCGCCUCUACCGGCUUUGGAAGACCCGCCAGCACUCCAAACUCUUGGACUAUGAGGAGUUUUUGUGACAAAGAAACUUGGAUAAUGGGCGCAGCGGAGCCCCCCCAGUGCCACGAGGAACCUGUUUAAAAGUGAUCCAAUGACUGAACAUUUGCUCAACUAUAGCGCUCGACCCGUCAACUAUAAACACUCAUACCUGCUUUCAUCCUGGAGAGGACUGGGAGAAGAGGAGGAUGGGAAGGCAGGCAGGAUUGAGGAGGCUGAAGACAAGCUAAAUAAUGCCGUGCCUCAGCUCCUCCUCAAGACUAACAAAAAGGGCCGAAACAAUACACAAAGGAAAACAAUUAGGAAAGAGCGGAAACAACUGGGCUGUCCAAGUAUUAGACACCACCUCACUUUGCCUCUUGAAAGCAAAGGAGAAACAAAAAUUCAUACGUGUAAAAAAAAAGAAAAAAAAAAAGGUCAUUUCGUUCACCCCUCUAUCGCAAAGACACAUUUUCAGAGGCUUAUGGGCUUCAGAAAAAUCUCAUUCUGCCAUAAUGUGGUUCUGUGAUUAGACUGGACCUCUCAGACCCCGGAGACAUACAUAUACAUAAAUAAUCCAUGUGUCGAUGUGUGUAUAUAUCACAUGAAUAUAUUAGCAUAGCUUUAGUCAUGCAAAUAACACUCUAUAUGAGAAUAAUGAUGCAUCAUUUAUUUUUGAUGUGCAUUGUUGUGCAGUUUCAUAUGGAAAUACUUUGGAAUAACUCAGGUUUUAGCCAUGAAGUACUUCAUCUGUUGGUCCAUUCUAUCAAGAUAUUGUAAUCUGCAUCACCAUUGCUUGGAAUGAAUGUAUUACCUCUCUGGAAAUGUAUCUUCAGUUUGAGGAAUUGAGCUUCAUGUUUUGGUAAAAAACAAAAAAACAAAACAAAAAAAAAGUGCUGAUUUUGAGCGAGUGUGGGUGGGAGUGUUUUCCAUGUAAAAAAAACCAUGAUGAUGUUUUGUGUGUAUUUUCUCCUUCUGCUCCUCUGUUAAAGCUUAAUGUUCAUCACCUUCACUCGCCAUUUCUUUUCCUGUCAGAUACACAUAUACGCAAAUACAGUUUAGCAUGAUUCAUGAUGUCAAGAGGGAUGUAACAGCCAUCCAAGAGCUCCUGCCACUGCAGUGGAGGAGCUGCCCUAUUGAUCCCUGCUGCUCUUUUUCAGAAGGUCCGGGCCACUUAGUCGGCCCCUGUCAACGGCGCCAGCUGCUCUCACUAUCCGCCAAACACUCUUGGCAUAUCUUAAUGGCAGGCAAACGAGUUUCCGCCACCUCGUAUAUCAUUGGGCUGUGAUCCAGUCUUAGGACCGGAGUUCUCUGAAUUAAAAAGAUCUGCCAGGGGUUUAAGCCGUUAACAGCCUCCUGCUGCCCCUGCCAGGUGUCGACUAGUAAAAAGGGCAGAAAUAUGCACCGAGUGUGUGUCUGUGUCUAAGACAGCACACCAGCUGAGUGACCUGAGCGGUCUCACAUAGAUGAAGGAUGGGGAAAUGUGGAGAGCAGCCACUAAGCCGACUGCUGGACAGCAAAUCUGAAACAUUUCACACAGCGCUCACUUAUACACACACUGGGGCUGGGACAAAAAUACAUUUAAGAAAUUAAAUAAAAUGAAAACAUCUGGAUGCUUAUCUGUGGGGGACUCAGGCCAAAAUAAACCUGUUGAUGUCAUCAGAUUUAUCUCAGUUUGAGUUUAAGACAAUUACCAAGCAUUCUAUCAAGUUUUUUGUUUUUUCUAAUGGCAAGUGUAGGACUUUCGGGUUCGACUUAUACAAGGGACCUCUCAUAGUCCGGAGUAGUAUAUAGUUAAGUAGUACUAAAUCACUAGGAAAAUAUAUCUUCAGCAAAGCAAAGACAAAUGUGCUUCAACAUUGAAACUGGGACAGUGACACUCCAAAAACACAGAAAAUCUCAAUUCUCAGUUUAUUUGAUUCCUCAGGUUGACAUGUUUCUGUGAAGACCCUUAUAAUGGCAGAUCUGCUUAAAAGUUAAUUGAGCUUUCGUACUUAUGGAGUUCUGCAAUCCCAGUUUUUAUGUGUCUGUAAUUUUCAACGACAUGCUGCCGUAACUUUACGAAUGUGGCAGCGUUCCAAGGAGACAUUGCUAAGUCACACGACGGGUCACCGCUCAGCCAAUCACAGUCCCGCAAUGACAUCGGCCCCUGAAUGUCAGUGAAAACAUUGCUGCAGAGCAACACUUGCUAAGUAUGAUUUUAAACCAGUCAUUGGGUCUCUGCAUAAUUUAUUGGCGUGCAAAAUGUUUACAGAGUGCAUGAGGAAUAAUAUUUUUGUUAUCUAAUAGAUUUAAGUGACCCCAGCCCUUCAUAACACACACACAUAUACAAACAAACACACAAACAAAGAUACUCUUCAUCUGUGUAUGGUAAACACAUUUCCAUUUGUCAUUAUUUGUUUGGAUGUGUUAAUAUUUGGAGCAUUAUGUGGGGGCUUUUUUCUGUUAAAGUCAACCAGCCUCACUGGAGUGCUCUCUUCUUGCAAAAAUCUGUUUUAUUAGCGUUUACCCUCUCUCUGACAUUGCAGUGCUAGCCUACAGUUUGUCUGGCACAGACAAGUGCUCUCUCAGCCUGAGUCACGCAGAACAUGUUUUCACUCCAGAUUUAAAAGCCAAGCACCAGUCAUAUUUCAUUGAGCCGUGUUAAUUCCAGCAGAAGCAUUAAGCUGCCGAAUUCUCAAAGAUGUUGCCCUCAACAGUUGCCGCUGAACGUUUUUCAUUUUUCACAACGUUACACCAUGGUAUACUUCAAAUGUAAAAUCUAGCAGCAAUUAUAUGGAUUCAGUCAAUUAAGAAAAUGUCUUUCUCAUGCCAUAGAAACUCUCAGUCUCAAAUGCAGUCUAUAAAGAUAUUAAUGGUAGUACGUUUUCUGUUGGGCUGAACUGACCGUGAUGUGAAGAGCACUGACUCAGGAGUUUGAGAGAGCUUUGACAUUUUCUUCUUCAGCAAAAAAACCACAACAUUU